AGCAAAAGUAACGAUAUGAAAAUUAUAUCAACAGUAAUGCAACAUCCCAACAACCUACACAAGAAUUUGCCAUACUACAUAUCAUCUCAGAAGGCGUUGAAAAUGUUAUCAAGCACUAGUAUGUCACUUUUCCGAGGAUUUUGUCGACAAAUAUUAACUAGAAACUGUUCUGCGGCAGCGGUAGUUGCAUCGGAGUCUGGAACCAUGUCUAGAGUACAUGAUGCCCAACAGGCACUAGCGUUAAAGGAAAACUGUAUUUUGGUGGAUAAGGAUGAUAACGCCAUCGGCGCCAGCAGUAAAGCUGAUUGCCACCGCGUGAAUCGUGAAACUGGCGAGGUCAAAUUGCAUCGUGCUUUCAGUGUCUUUCUGUUUAAUUCGAAAGGAGAGAUGCUUGUGCAGCGACGAUCUGUGCACAAGAUUACAUUUCCCGACACUUACACAAAUGCAUGUUGCAGUCAUCCAUUAUAUGACAUUGAAUCGGAAAGGGAAGAGCCUAAUGCGAUUGGCGUACGGAGAGCAGCGCAACGACGACUCAACUAUGAGCUUGGCAUACCAAUGUCACAAAUUAAGCCAGAAAACUUUCACUUUUUGACGCGCAUACAUUAUCAAAACACUGGAGAUGGCGAGUGGGGCGAGCACGAAGUCGAUUAUAUACUGUUCCUGCAGAAGGACGUUGAUCUUCAUCCAAAUGAGAAUGAAGUGAGUGAAGUGCGUUUCAUUAAACGAAAUGAAAUUGACACCGCUGUAAACAAAUUUGAGGCACCAUUGACACCUUGGUUUAGGUUAAUCUUAAAGCAUAAACUCAAAGAGUGGUGGGAUAACUUACAUCAAUUAGAGAGAUUUGAAGAAGACAAAACUAUAUAUCGCUUCUCUUAAGCUAUGAUGCAAUAACAAUUGAGCAUGCUCAUAAGCAAAGGAGGAAAUAACCUUUUAUUAGCGAAUGGAACAAGGGAAUUACACCAAAGAAAUUUUCAACGGCACUUUGACCGAAAGGGGUUUUGUUUUGUUAUUUUGGUAUAAGAAAUGGGAUUCACUUGUAGAAUUUAUAAAAUCAGUCAUUUUCAAUUUUUUUUCUGCUUUAUUUUCGCUUUUUUUUUUUGGUUUAUUUAUGGUUGUAAGCAUACAUUUGUAUAUGUUUAUUGGUAUGUAUAUAAAUAACAAUAAAAUAUAGUAAUGUAAAAUGA